GUCCGAACCUAUAUUGAUCUUAUUUAUUGUACCACACAGAACAUAUGUCGCAACACUCGCAUAAACUUCUAAAACACAAGAAAUUAAGCCAAAAAAGAGCCUUCAAACAGAUGAAGCCACCUUUCUCUUCUUCUUCUUCCUCCUCCACUUUCUCUCUCCUCAGAAAAGUACGUUUCUCUCACUACCUCUUCACCUUAGUUGCAUUCAUCCUUUUCGUCACCAUCCUCUACAGCGAAGACUUCAGCUGCGUCUUCAGCUCCACGUAUCCAACCCGACCCAUCUCAAGAUACGGUACAGAGAAGAAAAGAGAAAAGUUGGCGUUCGCCGUUGGAAAGACCGAGAAGGAUUGCGACGUGUUCAGCGGCAGGUGGGUUCGGGAUGAGUUGACUCGGCCGCUUUAUGACGAGUCGGAGUGUCCGUAUAUACAGCCACAGUUGACUUGUCAAGAACACGGUCGACCUGAUAAGGAGUAUCAAUACUGGAGAUGGCAGCCUCAUGGUUGUUCUCUUCCGAGUUUCAAUGCAACAUUAAUGCUGGAAACACUUCGAGGGAAGAGGAUGCUGUUUGUCGGCGACUCCCUCAACCGGGGUCAGUACGUUUCCAUGGUCUGCCUUCUCCAUUCACUCAUUCCCGAAAACGCCAAAUCCAUGGAAACUAACGGUUCACUAACUAUUUUCACAGCCAAGGAUUACAAUGCAACGAUUGAGUUCUACUGGGCACCAUUCCUUCUUGAGUCAAAUUCAGAUGAUGCUAUCGUUCAUAGGAUUUCUGAUAGAAUGGUUAAGAAAGGUUCAAUCAAUAAGCAUGGAAAACAUUGGAAAGGAGCUGACAUUUUGGUGUUCAAUACCUAUCUCUGGUGGAUGACUGGCCUCAAGUUUAAAAUCUUGCAAGGGUCUUUCGACGAUGAAGUGAUGAACACUGUGGAGGUGUCGACAGAGGAUGCUUAUCGUAUGGGAAUGAGAAGUAUGUUGAGAUGGGUGAGGAAGAAUAUGGAUCCUAAGAAGACUAGGGUUUUCUUCACCAGCAUGUCACCUUCUCAUCAAAAGAGCAUAGAUUGGGGAGACGAUUCAAAUGGCAAUUGUUACAAUCAAACAACACCGAUUGAAGAUCCAAAGUACUGGGGAUCAGAUUCAAGAAGGAGCAUAAUGCAAGUGAUUGGUGAAGCAUUUAGUAAAUCAAAAGUGCCCAUUACAUUCCUCAACAUCACACAGCUCUCGGGUUACCGAAAGGACGCGCACACGUCGAUCUACAAGAAGCAAUGGAGCCCCCUGACCCCCGACCAGCUAGCUAAUCCGGUUAGCUAUGCCGAUUGCGUGCAUUGGUGUCUGCCUGGGCUUCAAGAUACUUGGAAUGAGCUUCUAUUUGCCAAGCUUUUCUAUCCAUAGUGAUGGAGCUAGCCAAACUCGAUCUUGUAAUUGUGUGAUAAAUAGUUCUUCACAUGGCAUUUGGUUAAAAAGUUUGAGCAAUGCCCAUUUUGAGAAGGAGAAAACCAGAAAAGGAUUGGAAGAACAUAGAGGAUCUGUGUGUAUACUAAUUAAUUGUUGCAAAGAAAUAUGACAAGAAUUUAGCGUUGAUUCUUUUUGGAA